GCCAGCUGUGAUCGUCGUCUGCACGCGGCGAUCGGUGCACGUGGUCGGCUGGAUCUAUCGCGAACACGUCCUUGGUUCCUCGAUCGAGAUCGGUGUUUCCAAUCCGAGCAACUUCCAUCGAAAACAACGACUAUCGAAAACAGUGAAACGAAGUGGUAUUCGUCGGAGGAUCUGCUUUUUGCUGGAAGAUCGUCCCGAUCGAGGCACGAUCCGCGCAGUUGUAGCUCUUCGGGCGGUCACGGCAAACGGUGUUCUCGACGAAACUCGUUUCUACGGCGCACGGAGGAGGAAAGUAGGGUAAAACAAGCGGUAAACAAAACAGCGAGAGAGAAAACUGCGCGGCAACAUGGCGAGCCCGAGCUUAAAAAACAGGAUUCGAUAGAGGCCGGGUCUGGAAGUUGGCGAUGCCGUCUCCACGAUCCGAAAUUCGGUUAGACCCAGCGGUAACACUUUGGUGCCUCGACUUUACCUGUUUCCAAGUGUACGAUAAUCGUUAGUCAUCGUCGAUAAGGAAUAAAUCGUCAGAGUGCGAAGGAUCGUGGACCUAUUUAGCAAAGUAGCACCUUCGAUGACAUGAAAACCGACAUGCCGGACGUUCAGCAAGGAAAGGUCGACGGACGGUUGGGGUCGUCGAAGCAGGGUUCGAGGUCGCGUGUGUGCCAAGAACACGGCGAGGAGGACUGUCCCAGCGAGAACGAGCACGAGUUCGAGUCGCUGGAGUACGAGGAGGACGUUUAUUACUCGAAUCUGACGGCCACGCCGAGCUUCGACGACAUCGACGAGCUCAGCGACGACGCCGACGAGAUCGUCGUCCAUUGCUGGCGCGACUCGAACGGCGAGAUCGACGAGAUCGUCGUGGACGACGCGAACCUGUCCGUGGAGACGCAAUUUUUCACGCCGGACGCCGAGGACGGCGCCACCGGUCGAGGACGAAGAAAGAAACGAUCCGUUCGAGUGAUAUUCCAGGACUUCUCGAAGCCCUACUUGGCCAGGAUCAGCAACAGCCAGAAUUACAAGAAGUUCCUCGAAUUGGUAAAAGGAGAAGAUGCCACUCUUCACUCGUCAGGCUAUAUUUCACCGUCCUCGGAUACCGUCGUGAGCGAGUUGCAAGGACUCUCCGUGGAGGAACAGGAUCGUCAGAAGGAAGAAUGGAACGCAGAACUGUCCAAGGUCGAAGAGGAGAUCCAUACUCUGAGGCACGUGCUGGCGUCCAAGAUCAGAGUCUCCCAGGAACUGAAGAGGAAGUUGGGCAUCAGCGUGUGGAAGGAGAUCACCGAGGACAUGAAUCAGGGGUUGAAAAACGUUAAGGAGAGCCAAGUUUAUCAGAACGUCGGGGAGAAACUCGGUCAGUUCACCAAGGCGGUCACCGAGAACACUUUAUUCCAGAAGACAGAAUCCGUCUUCAAGACCACGGCUGAGAAGACGACCAGCAUUUUCGGUGGUUUUGGCAGUGGACUGUCCAUGAAGUUGGGCCAAAUGCGCAACUCCGACAGUUUUCGUUCGUUGGAGGAACGAGUCGGGUCUGCUUACGAAAACAUGAAGACAAAGGUUGUGCCUUCGCGGUCCAGUUCGACACAGAGCUUCGACGACGUUCUUCGGGAAUCGGUGUCCGCGAGACGUGCAUCCGCGGCACCGUCAGCGACCAGCCCGACCAUUCCCGAAGACAAGCUCCUCUCUUAGAGCUGGCACUCGAAUCCACAUCGAUUUCUGCCUCUUCUCUGCGUAACAUGCUGACGCGUCGGUCCGCGAUGCCAAUGUAUCGCUCUAUGCUACUACUAUCACUUUCUACCGCAUUGCUAUAACCAGGGCUAAGCGAUAUUCUACAAUCGAACGUAUAUUAAAAUCGAUCGGGACAAGAACCACGGGAAGACCAUUCGAGUUCUCCGGCGAGGCUCGAAUCGUCGAUGUAUCGAAGACUCGAACGAUCAAUGACAUAGUUAAAAUUUAUAUAUACAGCGACGUUGUGCUUUUCUCUUCUUUAUCGCGUAACGCAACGGGUUCGUUUAAACUAUGCGUAGCUUUUAGGAUCUUUUGGUUUCGUUGAAUUUUCUCGAACGACGCGAGAGAGGAAAUUUUCAUCGACUUCGUUUUCUUUUUUUUCUCUCGGGCUUGGUAUGGUGCAGGAUUCGUUCGUUAGAUCGGUGAUUUCUUUUGUCGGCAAAAGAUUUUCAGUCGGGCUGUCAUGUUACCCAAGAAGAUGGCGAUCGCUACCCUUAUUUUAUCGAACUUAUUUGCACUAUAGCAGUUUUUAUAACGAAUAAUAAUAUAUCGUUGAUACGUACCUUAACAUUUAUUUGCGUUGCAACCUGUUUUCGCACCAUCGAUUCGUGAAAAGUAGGCACACGCUUUGAUAGAUACUUACUGGUGGCGUUUUUUUUUUUUUCCUCUCGGACAUCCGCCGUCGAAACGAUACUUCCGUAUAUUCCUACGAAACAGUCUACGCUCGUACAAGACUCGUGCUUCGACAAUACUGUCCGUUCCGUGUGAUACAA